AAGUCGAGGAGUCUACAAUUCACGUAGCAGAAGAUGAAUCGUUAUGAGAUACUGGACAAACUCGGUGAUGGCGCGUUCGGUGAAGUUUCGCGUGCUCGGAGUCUUAAGACGAAGGAAAUUGUGGCUGUGAAGAAGAUCAAGGCGAUAUUUCCCACUUGGGAGGAGUGCCUCCAAUUGCGUGAGCUCAAGUCGCUUCGAAUACUGCGCCAUGAUAACAUUGUGUUGCUGAAAGAGGUUAUUCGAGACAAAGAAGAGCUUUACUUCGUAUUCGAGUACCUGCAGACGUCGCUUUUCCGAGUUAUGCGUAACUUUAAAAGUCAAGUCAGUGCCAACAGCUACAGCGGUUUUGGUGGCGAUACAAGCUCGAGUUCCGACACGUCCACUUCAUCCUCACCGCCGCAUCCCUGGUUCUCGGAGGCGCAGAUACGAUCGAUUAUGUUCCAGCUUUUCAGUGGUCUUGCAUACAUGCACAAGCACGGCUUCUUCCACCGCGACAUUAAGCCAGAAAACCUGUUGUGUCACGAUGAUACACUUAAAAUCGCAGACUUGGGUCAAGCUCGUGAGAUCCGAUCACGGCCACCAUUCACCGACUAUGUUGCAACGCGAUGGUACCGAGCACCAGAGCUAUUGCUGCACUCAACGACAUACAACAGCCCAAUCGACAUGUGGGCCUGUGGAUGUAUAUUAGUUGAGCUCCUGAUCUGUACCCCGUUAUUUCCUGGAACGUCCGAAGCGGAUCAAUUCUAUCGCAUCUGCAAAGUUCUUGGCACACCUACUACGGAAACGUGGCCCGAAGGUGCAGCAAUGGCCUCUCACAUGCAAGCUCGAUUUCCUAAGUGUACUCCAGUGUCUUGGAAGCGAAUUCUGCCUUCAGGUACACCCUCCUCAGCUGUUCAACUUGUACGAGAUCUGUUACAAUACGACCCUAGUCGACGUAUUACAGCAGCGCAAGCGCUCCAACACCGCUUUUUCGACCAAGCUGUGCCACGACCUACAUUAACUAUACCUCCGUUAGUGAUGCCAGUGGAAGAAGUGCCCGUAUUGCCACUCCGGGGCGAUUGCAAGUCUAUCGGAGGCUAUUCGAGCUAUACAGGACGAUCAAGUGUCUGUGCGAAGAAGUCAGAUGACCUUGAGACUUCAAGCUAUUGGGCUGGAAGUGGGUUAUCAUCGCGACAAGAACACCAUUUGUUGACUGCCAAGGAGAGACAGCAGACUCAUUCACGGCACCAAGAAUGGGGAUCUUCGCUCGUCAGUUCUCGUCCUGGUGUAUAUGAUGACGUAGCUGAUACGAAAACUGUCCCCCCUAUUCAAAAUGGUGGAGGCCUUUUCAAAGGGGGUUCCAUCAAGAAGAGCUCCAGCUACAACGCGCUAGCGAGUGAGAGUGAUACCGUUCACUCAACUAGGAAAUUCGCAUCAGAGAACAAUAGCGAAUACGAUGACGACUCUAAAAGCGAUAGCAUCUUACUUCAAGAUUUACUUGACGAAAUUCUAGGAUGAAUGAAAAGUUAAAAGUUGG